AUGUCGGUUUUAAAUCGACAUUGUAAGGGUAUCUUUAAUGUCAAUUUGACCCGCUUAAUUUAUCCUCUAACUUUCUAUUUUCUCCCCAUUUUUUUCAUUUUCCUCUUCACUCUCCCUCUAUUUUCUUUUUCCUCUCAUUCUCACACGUUCCUCUUCGAAUCCUAUUCUUUCUCACUCCUCUCUUCCAAAACCUUGACAUUCGUCUGUCGAUCGUGCGUGAAGAGUCUGUCGUGGUGUAGAUGUGGCCUCCACGUAGGUUUGAUAACAAAAAAAGGCGAUCUUGAAAGAAGGCAGAUACCUAGAAUCUCAUUGUUCUCCAUCUUCCUCCUCGUCGCCCACAGCAACCACGGGGAUGAUGAUGCCGGCGAAUAUGACCCUUCCCCUUCCCCCAACCUCCACUCCAAGCCAUUCAUCCUCGUUAAGAUUGGUGACCUCCUUCUCAUCUUUUUCGACACCUUCAUCGCCGAAAUCUCCCCCUAUUUCUUCAAAUGGAAUGACGGAUUCCUCGUCCUCGGGACGCAGUUCACCGGCGGUGUCUUCUUCAGCACUGGGUUUUUUAUGACCAUGGCGGCGGAUUGUGUUAUUCGUAUGUGUAUGACAAACAAUAUAUUGAACUUCGAGGGUGAAGAGGCUCCCGUAGAUGAUUUGAUGGAACUUGUUCAAGAAAUUUUUGCUUUUCACAUGAAACACAAUGCCGAACCUGAAGCUGUUGAUCUAUUAAUGGAGGUUGAAGAUCUUGAUCUAUUAGUUGAGCAUGUUGACAGUACAAAUUUCAAAAGGAUCUGUAUCUAUCUUACCAGUUCAGCCAAUGAUCUUGACGCAGACAAUUCAGGUUAGUCCACGACGGAGGAGCUUGAGGCAAGGUGUCCUAGAUGCAUGUCUCCGUUCGCAUGUCUCCGCCGUACACGCUGCUAGGUUCGUUCUACCCUAUACUUUUAAUGGUGUUGUUUGUUUGUUUUUUAGGUGUUUGGAAGGGAUGGGGAGGGGAUGGAUUUCUUACAACUGCAAGGGAUUCACGUAAAAAUUGUUCCUAGUAAGUGCAUUUUUGAAUGCUUGCAGUUUUAAGCACAAUUUCUAUGUAUUUUCAAGUGACUCUAAUGAUAUGGAAAUUCUUGUUUGACAAGUUAUAGUGUGCUUAUUUCUCUUUGGACCAUAUUGGAUUAGAAUAUAACACCCGUUUCUGACUCAUGGGUACUAUUUAUUUGUAGUUUAGAUUUGAUUCAAGGUGCUUGAGUUUGUGGGUUGCACUAUGGUAGUUUGUGGGUUAUUCAUGCACUAUGGUAAUUUUUUGUGACAACUUUUGAGGUUUGAAGUACAUUGUGUGCUAAAUUUGUUAUUGAUGUAUGUGUUCUUGAAUAUUCAUUUUUUGGGAAUUCUAAUAGUUCUGUUGAGAACACGUGGUUGUGAAAUAUUUUUGCGAAUGUGUUUCUUU